AUGUCGCACUUUUUCGCCGCAAUCGAAGACCUCGUCAAGAGCGUCGCAAACCUCUUUGCAGGCAUUUUCAACACCAUCGCCAAUGUAAUCGGGGGAUUCUUGACCAUGAUCGUCAAUUUCUUCUCGUCCCUGGUCAACCUCAUCACCGGCACCGUCGAGGGUCUCGCUCAAAUGGUUGGCGGACUGGGCAAAUUCAUCGCAGGAAACAUCGCCCUCAUUGGAAUUAUCGCCGUCGCGGUCGUUGGAUACCAGCGCUUUGUCCUACAAGGCAACCAACCCAAGCCCAUCACUCAGGCCAAGAAGGCAACUUGA